AUGUAUAAAUUUGUUGUAUUGGUUUUCAUACUUGUGGUGGCCGCAGCCACCGGAGAGAGAAGAGAAUGUCCAGCUUCAUUCAAUUGUGGAUAUGUUGGGAACAUCAGCUUCCCUCUCACUACAGCAGAGCGUCAGGAGUGUGGCCUUUUGGCCAUACACAAUUGUUCUGAGUCACCGCAGGUGGAUAGAUGGGUGCAACUAAGUGAUGAAGGCAAAACAUUUAUAGUUAUACGCGUAUAUCAACAGAAUUUGACUAGUAUUCAAUUCAGAGAUAAGCACUUAUACGAUCUUAUGCAAUCAAGAAAUUGUAAUGCCUUCAGAUAUAACUAUACUCUUUCUACUCCUCCCACCUUUCAUCAUUUUGCUUCCCUUUAUAUGGAAUACAAUACAACCCUCCACACAUGCAACCCUACCCUCCGUGUCCCCCCAACUAAGAACAUGUUCCGUUAUGCAAAUUGCACUGACAUCCAUAUCUACUACGGCCUUUUCAAUCACACACCACAAAUUCAGAAAUCGUUGGCCUCAUGCACAAAGGUCGUGCUUCCAAUCAAAGAUGUUCCUGAUGGCAAUGAUCCAUUCACAUUCGUAAAUGCUGAUAUCAUCGCUAAGGUAGAAGAAGUUGGGUUGUCAUGA